AUGGCGCACAGAAUUCUACAAACAAACGCAAGGUGCUGCCAUGGGUUCUCCGCUGUCACCGCCAAUUUAUUUAUGGAAGAAUUUGAACGGAUUGCCCUCUACACGUCAUCAGAACACCGACCAAAGUUAUGGCUUCGAUAUGUUGACGACACAUUUGUGAUCUGGCCACAUAACCGUGAACUUCUGGGGGAAUUCCUAUGUCAUCUAAAUGCACAACACAGCACCAUCGCCUUCACCAUGGAAACUGAAUCAGAUAGAUCUAUCCCGUUUUUAGAUGUACAUGUAACCAGAACCACUAAUAACACAAGGUACGUCAGAUCUACUCUUGCCCUGAACGGAUAUCGCCAUUAUAAGUUCAACACGAACCCACCAACCACCAGACCAGUUCAACCAGAACCAUUUAAGACAGUAGCCUUGCCUUAUAUAGGCCCCACCUCACAUCAAAUUCAGCGCAUUCUGAACUCGGCCAACAUCAGAGUUUACCACAGUGCACCCAAUAAACUUCAGGGGAUACUUCACACAUACAAGGAUAAGCCAUCUCACAAUAAUCGUCCAGGGGUAUACAAUAUCCCGUGUGAAUGCGGUAAGGUCUACAUCGGAGAGACUGGUAGAGACCUCAAACCAGACUCAAAGAACGAAGAACAAAGACGAGGCGAAUACCAGAAGUCAUCCAUCAUUCUCCAUUCAUACAAGGAAAAUCAUCAAAUACAUUAG